AUGGCUGCUCGACCUGCGGUCCGCCGCGAGCGCGGCAAUGUUGAUUAUUCCGCCAUCGGCAAAAUGGGCAGACGUACCGGAAUCACGCUCGAUCACCGACCACUUGACGCAAACGGCAUGGAAGAAAUCUCGGGCAUAUUCUCGUCCCCACGCAAGCCCUCGCCGUUGAAGAAUAUGAUGAUCAUGGAGAGUUUGGAGGGACACAGUACCUUGGCCGAGUCGCCGCAGAGAUCGAGCCCCAGAAGCCCUGGUCCUACUCCUAGUCAGGUGCUGUCGUCUCGUAGGAAGAGUCGCGCAACACCUGUCCCCCUUCCCAGAUCGUCGUCGCCGAGGAAAAGCGGUAUUAGUGGUACCGCAAGAAAGAGUAAUGGCGUCGAUAUAUUCUCCACUCGGAAGAGCCUGCAACCUGAGGACGCAGAGGAUCACGAAAAUGUAGCAGAGCCCACGCCGACUCGGAGCCAGCCACAUCUGCCACUCAGGAAAUUCGACCCAAGUCCGCAGAGACCACCACUAAGAGACAUUACCACUCCCCGUUCACAGAAAACCCCCAAACCGAGACCAAGUACUGAAAUGCAGCGCAUCGAAAACGAAGUCUACACGCCUAUCGAUGAGAUAGACUUUGAUUCAUACAUACAACCAAUCGAAGAAACGGAGGUGCCAACGAGCGAUGCUGUCGAUCUUGUUCCGUCAAUUGAGCAAGUAGAAAGCCCUUCCGCCCACCGGAACAGACAACUUUCAGCGGAGCCCAGUGAUCUUUAUGGCGGGUCUGAUGACGAAGUAGCGGAACAAGACAAGGAGCCUCAACUGCCCUUAUCUGAAUCAACGCCGAACAAAGCAAAUUCGAGAAAGAAGCGGAAAUCGGAUGUACUUGAAGAGGCCGACAAGGCACCAUCGCCCAUGCCCAAAAAGGUGCGCAAAAAGCAAGGACGGAUUCCCACCCGCAAGGAUACUGCACAACCUACUUCGGCCUCAAACUGGAUGUCACCAGAGCCAGACGUUAGGGUAGAAACAAAACAGGCCCUGGCAAACAAGGAUACAAAUCUUCAAUUGACCUCACGACAGCAAAAAGAACUGGAUGAGAUUGUUGAAAGGGUAAAGGCAAGACCUGGCCCACCGAGGUCACUUUACAUUCUACGCAGGGAAACCCCCGCAGACGACAGUGUCCGGCAUACCAGGAGCGGCCGUGCCAGUGUCAAGCCCCUGGCGUAUUGGCGGAACGAGCGGUGUGUCUAUGGCGCCAGUCCAGGUGGUGGUAGCCUAGCAGACGGCGCCAGGUUCCCAUUGAACAGCAUCAAGGAGAUUGUGCGGAUCGAAGAAGUCGAGCCGAACAUUGGAAAGAAGAAAUCGAAGGGCAAAAAGAACGCAAAGGGUAAGGGCAAGGCACGGCAAAGAUCAGUGGAAGCAUCCGACUCCUCUGAUUCAGAGUUGGACGUAGACGAGAUUCCCGAAGAUCCAAACGCCGAGCCAUGGGAGACUGGAACCGGCACAUUUCGAGGCAUUGUCUCUGUUUGGGACAACGAAGGACAAACACCAACAGAAGAGGAAGAGGAAGUUGAAAUAGCCCAUGCUCCCGCGGCGAUCAAGACAUGCGAAGUUAAGGGCUCGAGCACGCAUGAUGGUCCCACGUUCCGCUAUGCCAAACUGCUGUCCACGAAAUUCUUCGGCACUGGACUGGUGGACCUACCGCCUGGAGGAAUAAAACGACCCAAGAACAGUCGGAAAAUGCACAUGAGUUUCUUCGUCGUCAAAGGAAGGGUCACAGUGACUGUCGGUCCGGCGGGUGGUGAGGAAACGGGGGGCAUGAGUCGUUUCAGCAUAGGGAAAGGAGGCUUUUGGCAGGUUCCCAGAGGUGAGUUGAUGCCCAUGACAGACUUCUAA